UCUUCCGAAAUCCUGCCUUCGACUCUUGUCCCUUCAGUCACGUCUUCAGGUAUCCUGCCUUCAACCCUUGUUCCCCCUAUCACGUCUUCCGGAAUCCUGCCUUCAACUAGUUCCGGUGUUGUACCUUCCUCUGGUAUUUCCACUGGGACUGGCUUCACCUCUGUUCCCACAGGCACUUCGGUUCCUACAGGCUCUAGCGUCGUACCAAGUUCAUCGAGCAUUGGCAGCAUUCCACCGACUUCAGAGGCUACCUCUAGCCCUACUUCAAGCGGAGUGUCUUCUGCAUUGCCUGGCUCUACAAACUCUACCGCAACAGCUUCAGAGGCUCCGAUUAGCACCCCAGUGGUUUCAUCGACGUCCGAGUCGCCUACGUUGAUUUUCCACCCGCCAACGAUUACAUCUAAGCCUCCUGCUCCUACCACCCCGCCAACGUCCAUUCCAGUAACAGGCACUGACAGCGAGACCACCUAUCUUAUCGGUUCAAGCAUCAUCCAGGAACCGUCAACAGCACCGUCGCCAAGCGCGACGGUGUCUGGUAUUCCGUCAAAUCUGCCGAAUAUGAUUGCACCACCGGAUGGUGUACCCGUCCGACCGCCAAACACAUUCCUGGGCCAGAUUGGCUUCAAGUGGCCAUUGAAUUAUCCAUUCGUCUGCGCCAAUGAUGGAGGUAACCAGAUAUUCGCGUUGCUUCCCAUUGCAAUCUCUGAUGCCUUAAACAUCACGGAGGAUAAAAUGUCGAUGGUCGGGAUCAAACCGUAUGAUACCACUACCUACUUAGGAUACAUCACAACCUUGGCGAUAUUCUGGAUUCCCCAGGAUCUCUCUACUACGCUUGCUGCACAGCUCCGCAAUCCUCCAGAUCCGUUUUGGCACAACAAGAACCAAACUGUCAAUUCCUUGACUAGUCUCAUCAACACUGCUUUCCCAUUACCAGCUGGAAAAACUCCCGGCGAUGGUGAUUCCACGCAGUCUGGUAACCCAAAAUCCACUGCGACUGGAGGUCCCCGAGAUGGCGGUGCUAUGGGAGGUGACAUGGGUGCCAGCCGCAGAGUCAAUCCGACAAGCGCUUAUGUUGCUACUGGAUCUGUCGUCGCUGCUAUUGCAUAUGGUGCGGCGAUGUUUUACGUUGCGCGGAGAUACAGGAAUAAGAAGAUGUCGCACCAGCGAUCAAGUUCUGUGCCGAGUACUAGUCGCUACACUUAUGGCUCUAUGACAGGUGGCGGCGCCUUCAUGUCAGGUGGACGCGGCCCCGGACGAUCUACACCUGGUGGUCGAGACAGCCAUGGAAGCAGUAGUAGCAAUGGACGGAGCAUACGAACGCAGCAAAUUUCGGCCCCGGUCAUGGCCGAGAAUUCACUUGGCUGGAAUUAA